AUGGAGGAAACGAAGGCUGUAAAGGCCGAUCCAGCUGAGAUUGGUGCUGACGAGAUCCAGCCAACUGAGUAUGAUGUUUUGUUUGGUCGAGGAAAGCCCUUCCAAGAUCAUCCAGGAAACUUGCGUCUGCACAGUAUUGUGAACGUAUACAAGCCAAACUACACUCAAGCUCGGAGACACGAAAAGACAGCUAUUGCUGAAGAUGUUGUCAAGAUAAUAAAGAACGAUGGGAAACACGUUGGACGAUUCCUCAAGCAAGUCGAUGGCAAAUGGGAAGGCGUCAGUGACAUUGAAGCAAGAGCUAAAGUGAGCCAUGCUCUGAGAGGAAAGUCCAGAGUUGAGCCUAAGUCGAAGAGUGCCAUCAGCAAGUCUCAGAUGCAACCAAACCUCGGUUUGAAUCAAGUUGGAGGUCUUGACUCCAUGAGGCAGCCCAAUCCUUUGCAUUCUUUGGUUUCUCAACAACCCAAUAUGAUGGUUGCUCCGUUCGCUUCUGUUCUCUCGCAAUCAUCAGGCUUCAUGCCUUCUGGUAUGCCAUCUAUGUACCAGUCGAUGCUUCUCAACAACAUUCGUGAAGAGAGAGACCGCCUCAUUCUUCAACAGCUUGCAGCUGGAGCUAUGAAUCCCUUGCAAAUGCGACAACCACAAGGCAAUCCCGGAUUCCCGAAUGCAAGCAGGCUAUUAGAGAGUCUUCGAGCUAACCCUUCCGAGCAAAAUCGAGCACCUGGUGGGACACGCGCUGGUCAAGGGCCAGCUUUCAACGUAGGACCUGGUGGGACACACGCUGGUCAAGGGCCAGCAUCCAACCAGGGUUAA